CUGAGAUCCUCCAGGCUACUACAUCCACCUCUGUAGAACCGAAUUGUGAAACGGUAUUUGCUGAUUCUAUCAUGUCUUCAUCUUCACGUAUUCCCAUCUUAGUACAUACAUUCAUCGGACUUCAGCAGUAUCAUCCCCAAUCGAGAUCUAACACAUUGGGAAGGGCGAAUUUUUGGUUAGUUUACAUUCACACGGGCGUCUGAACCGAUCCAACCUUGUUGUUGGAUCUCCCGGUCUUUUUGUCUCUCGUAUGCCGUCUUCAUCAACAGUUUUUGAAUUGUCGUUUUCUACCCCUACUACCCCUAUUAUAUCUAGAAACACUUCGUCCUUACCUAGGUAGGUGAGAAUGCAGCGUCGGAAUAGCACCAAGUUCCAUUACCUCGACCGUCGGAAAUCUGCGUCCUCUGCGAAAAGCGUACAUCUGGAAUAUAUUCACCCUGAGACGGCCGAGCGCGAUGCUCAAGCUGCUGCUUCGCAAGCUUUCGCGAGGGCUAGGGCACGCUCGAACACCGACACAACUUUAUGGCCACCACCGCGAAACAAUGACCAAACCAGGGCCGUUGGCUCUAGCAGUACACCUGACAGAUGUAAUUAUAACUCCCCAAUCAAGCGCCAGCAAAGUGUCCGCUUUGUGCGGGAGCACCCUAGCCAUAGUAUACGAAGUAACACCAUAGUUGAGAAUACCACACCAGCCUCUACAACAAGUACUGCCAGAGGUAGAACUGGUAGAGACUGUAUUGAACCCCGACUUCCGACCAGUGUCUCGGCGGCGGGAAUGGCCUCUGCAGCCAAAGGUGCAGCAGGUGAUUACAUUAACGCACUCUUUACGAGCGAGGAAUAUUAUACGCCCGAAGACGACAUUGCCUCCGUUCCUUCAUCGUAUCGGAAAAUUCGAAAAUCUAGGUCUAUGUUCACCUGCUCUGAAGCCAGUAUAGCUUCUCGAGGCGACGACCAAAGCACUUCUUCCGUGAUAAGAAAUCAGCUCCCUUCAAUGUCUGCGAGUUCAUUAAAUAGGGGCGUAGGCGAAAGUACACCAGCAGCAAGACUCAAGGCACCAAAGUCCAUGUCCUUCUUAAGGGGUCGCUAUGACCAGUCGAUGCUCUUUUCUAAACGCCGCGGGAGCGUUCCCAUUGCGCUAUCCAACAACGAAAACAUUAAGACACGGAGUAAUAUGGAAACUCCUAUAAAAUCACAACCAUUAGCAUUCUCUCGUUCAAAAUCUAUCAACGCUGAGAAGUCCCUCAGAAAGAGCAUGAGAGAUGGGAGUAAUGAUACCAUAUCUAUGGAUGGGAAGGUGCGCAAAGAUGGAAGUCUAAGGAAUCGGGCGCGGAAGGUCUCGAACAGCUUUAAACAUAGAUUGAAGAGCUUAUUUAAUUUAGUGAAAGGAGACAGCGACGAAGCUGAGUUUCCUCCUCAGCACAUCGAAGCCUCGAAAUCCCAUAUUAUGGACCCUGGUUCUCUGGGCUAUACAGGACAUGGUGAGCUUCAGUUUGAUCCUACGGGUGACGAAGCAGCUAUAUCGCGCGUACCGUCAGGAGUUCCGUCAUUACACGCCGUUCCAUCGUAUCAGCAACUUCGUUCGCGACAAGGCAGCCUUAAGAGUCUGAGAAGCGAAAGGAGAGUCUCGGACGAAAGGUCUCGCGUAACAAGUUGGUCGAACUCGGAGACCAAUACACUUAAUACGUUAGGUAGCCAGAAAAAUGAAUGGGAUCGACAGCGUCUAUCGGUUAUAAAAGAAAAUGGAAUGCAUGUCUCAUCAUCAUCAGCAAGACCUGGUACCAGUAUUUACGGCACCAGUCCAGAUACAAGUGUUCGUUCUUUUCAACCACCGUUACCACCCCGGCCAGUUCCCAUCGACAGCCAGAGAAUCUAUUCGGCGCUUAUGAAAAGGCUCAAUGACACAAAUAAGCAUUCUCAAAGAAGUGAACCUCAGCGGCCAGAAACCGUCGAUGGCUUUAUUGAUACGGAUGCAGUACCUUUGAGAGGUAGCUCUCGAGCUCGAGACUAUGAAAAGCGAUCGUCUAUCUCACGAGCAACCAUCCGCCACGUUAAUUCCGAUGACCCCCCAGAUGCAUCUCCAGCAAGCAAAACUCAAAAGAACUGGAUCAUCAAUGGACCAAGGCUUGAUGUGGAACCGGACAAAUCUCCUUUCCAUACGAGGAGCAAAUUGGACAUAGGGAAACGUGAGCUUUGGUCACCUACAUCAACAAUCAGGACAUGUGAAGUCAGAGAGCCCACUGGCGCGAGCUUUAAAUCACCUCCUAUACCACACAUAGAGAAACCCUCAUCUCCGGUGAAGACACUAUCCACUCGUAGCUCAGCUUUCUUCGCCAGUCCCACGUGUCAUCUAUUCCGCACUCGAAGCCCAUACAGGCGUGCACUCCAGAAUACGAUGAAAUCUGAACCUCAGAGCACACGGCUUAGGUCCCCAGAGUUUAAUCCUUGGAUGCGCUCACUAACAAGCCUGCCCAUCAGAUGCCCGAGUACGUGUGAGUCUGAAGUGGACAAGAAACUGUAUUAUACUGAAAGUGUGUACUCUUGCACAACAGAGGAGCCGCCGGCGGGAUCUUUGAACAACAAUACACCAGCUGUAACAGAGAAUUACCCGAGGCAUUCAACUAACCACGGAGAUGCCACAAUAUUCGUCAACCCUCCCGUCUACCGACCUACUCCGCCGCCGCCGCCACCGCCUCUUCAACAGCGAGUCGCAUCUUCAGCAAGUUCUGUCGAAUGGAAAACCUGGCUAUCUGCUAAUAUUUCAAAGCUUGAGGGCCAGGGUCCGUCUGGUGGUGGUAGCACGGGUACGGGUACGGAUACAAACAUCAUCGAAUACGCCGUUCCGUCGACUCGCGCAUCAGGCCACGUCCGCGAAAAAGCGCAGAUCAACGACGAGGACGAACAGAUUCCGUUAGAAGUAUACAGGCCCACGAGACCCGACAGCGCGCUCGCAACCAUCGACAACCAUACCCGAGCCCCCCCGCAGACGCCGCGGAAUGUUCCGAAUUCCUCGCCAGGCUACGAUUGCGGGAAAGAAAACGAAAUUCCGGAACGUCCUACUACUGCAACAACAACAACGGUCUUGUCCAAAAGCAUGCUGCGUACCACGCCGUCCUUGUCGAGCGUCAGAUCGGCCCAGGGAGCACCAGCAGCAACGACGGUAGCGAAAACGGCCACGGAGCCUUCGAAAAAGGGUGCGUCCGACUCGGUCCGCUGGAGGUCCCUCGCGCAUAAGCCGUCGCUUAGCGUCAUAUCGGGGAACUCUACCCCUCCGCCGACGACGACGGCGAUGAUGAUGACUUCUUCGACUAUGAAGUUGGUACGGAGGACGCCGGGAUCCAAGAUCCACGCCACGACGCCGACGCCGAGCCCGGGGUUCGAGUUGACGGUGGAUAAGAAUAAUUCGGGUUCGGGAAGAAAGAAGGGCGGCUCGACGGCCGAGUCCUCGAGGAGGAUAUUCGGAGCUAUGACGAUGGUGACGAAUAAGCCGGAGAACGUUAGCCCCAAGGAUGGUAAUAUUGCGGCUGGGGGUGUCGAUGGGGAUGCCGAUGCCGAUCCGUACGGGAUCCAGGGGUCGGGGGUUCUGGGGCCGGGAGCGGAGGUGAAUCCGCAGUCGAUAGGGAGCAAGAAGAUGGUGAACCUAUUCCUUAGUAGCAGGCGUAAGCGCAUGGCGAGCGGGGAGGAUGGGGGUGUGUUCUCGUGAUAGACGCGCGGGAGAGCAGUCGGUCGGUUGGUGGAUUGGAGAAGAGAAGAGUGUCGAGAGCGGACUCGAACCGCGGCAAUUAGGUGGCGACAGCGGCUUCUCCUGCGGGAAUCGUCGCUGCGGCAGGGAUUCGGGGAAGACCGAGGGGGGUGUUAUACGGUACAGCUAGGUAUAAGGACGGAGGCGGAGGCGGAGAUAAGGGGGAGUAGCUAACGAAAACGCUUGUACAAUACGACUAUCGCUUCCAUUAUAUGAUAUGAAUAGGAGGAAAUAGUUACUUACGCUAAGGCUAAGGUUACCUACCUACUAGAGUAGAGUACCUAGCUACUUACCUUACCUUACAAUUGUAAUAGAAACAGCUGGAUUAUACCUCAAAGGGGAGGCGGGUGCAGUGAUGGUUUAUAUAUAUCAACAAGCCCUAGCUGUCGGCUUGGAUACCUGAG